CGAUAACCUCACCCCAAUUCCGGUGCCCAACUGACAGUGGUUCCUCUCAACGCAGGGAACAAUCGUUUCGACCUGUAUUCGACUUCUCGUCUCCGCCACGCUCGCACUUCUCCGAUCGACUAAUUUCAGUUCCAAAAUAUUUUGAUGAUUAGAGUUAAUUAGGGUUUAGUUUGUUCAAUUUGAAGCUGGAGAAUUGGAUAUAUAACCGUCAGAGCUGGGGGCGAAUCAGUCUCGGUCUCACAGAAGCCCGUCGGCGGCUACAUCUGCCCAAUCCGGCGCGGGACUCUGGUUCUUUCGAUCUAACAAUGUGCCUCCUGCCCAUACUCUUGCUUACCUUGCCAAUAUCGAAUCUGUGAACCGGCUUACGUCUGAUUCUCGACCAGCUUCUGCUCGUCCGCCUGCAAUGGAACAAUCCACCGCUCCGCCAUCCAAUUCUGCGCCUCCCGAAGAGCCAGAAUACUUGGGACGCUACUUGGUCAUUAAGCACUCGUGGCGUGGCCGCUACAAGCGAAUUCUAUGUAUUUCGGCCGCCUCAAUCAUUACAUUGGACCCUUCCACACUGGCGGUGACCAAUUCGUACGACGUCUCCAGUGACUACGAGGGCGCCGCACCGAUUAUUGGGCGAGAUGACAAUUCGAACGAGUUUAACUUGAGUGUUCGCACGGAUGGGCGCGGAAAGUUCAAGGGGAUGAAGUUCUCUUCCAAAUACAGAGCGAGUAUACUGACGGAGUUGCACAGAAUUAGGUGGAAUAAGUUGGCCCCCGUGGCGGAGUUUUCGGUGCUUCAUCUUCGGCGACGAAGCUCGGAGUGGGUUCCCUUUAAAUUAAAAAUUUCUAAUGUUGGAGUCGAACUUAUAGACGUGAAAUCUGGAGACCUUCGUUGGUGCUUGGACUUCAGAGAUAUGGCCUCUCCUGCUAUAAUAAUCCUACCUGAUGCUUAUGGUAAAAAAAGUGCUGAAUAUGGUGGUUUUGUUCUCUGCCCUUUAUAUGGAAGGAAAUCGAAAGCCUUUCAAGCUUCUUCGGGAACUUCUAACAGUGCCAUCAUCUCAAUUUUGACAAAAACAGCAAAAUCCAUGGUUGGGUUGUCACUUACAGUGGACAUUUCACAAUCCCUCAGUGUGACAGAGUACAUAAAUCGAAGGGCAAAAGAGGCUGUUGGAGCUGAUGAAACCCCAUGCGGUGGCUGGUCUGUUACGAGACUGCGAUCUGCUGCACAUGGAACUUUAAAUGUUCCAGGAUUGAAUUUGGGAGUUGGCCCUAAAGGAGGACUUGGUGAGCACGGUGAUGCUGUGUCUCGUCAACUCAUUCUUACAAAGGUCUCAAUAUUUGAAAGACGCCCAGAAAAUUAUGAAGCAGUUAUAGUUCGUCCUUUAUCUGCUGUCAGCUCCCUUGUGCGGUUUGCAGAGGAGCCCCAGAUGUUUGCAAUUGAAUUCAAUGAUGGGUGUCCUAUUCAUGUUUAUGCAAGUACGUCUCGUGAUAACUUACUUGCAGCCAUUCGGGAUGUUUUGCAAACAGAAGGUCAGUAUCCAGUACCAGUAUUACCUAGGCUAACAAUGCCUGGUCACCGUAUCGACCCACCUUGUGGAAGAGUCCAUCUACAAUUUGGUCCACAAAAAUCUGUCAUUGAUUUGGAAAAUGCGUCCAUGCAUUUGAAGCACUUGGCAGCAGCUGCUAAAGAUGCUGUGGCUGAAAGUGGUUCUAUACCUGGAUCAAGAGCUAAACUUUGGCGUAGAAUAAGGGAGUUUAAUGCUUGUAUACCUUACAGUGGGGUCCCUUCCAAUAUUGAAGUACCGGAGGUGACCCUCAUGGCCUUGAUCACAAUGCUUCCAGCUGCACCAAAUCUUCCUCCCGAGUCCCCUCCAUUGCCACCUCCUUCACCUAAAGCAGCUGCAACUGUAAUGGGCUUCAUAUCAUGUUUACGUCGAUUAUUAGCAUCAACAAGUGCAUCCUCACAUGUGAUGUCAUUUCCUGCUGCUGUUGGGAGAAUAAUGGGUUUGCUUAGAAAUGGUUCUGAGGGUGUGGCUGCUGAAGCCGCUGGGCUAAUUGCAGUGCUUAUUGGUGGUGGGCCUGGUGAUUCAAACAUUGUGACAGAUUCUAAAGGAGAGCGGCAUGCUACAAUCAUGCAUACCAAGUCUGUGUUAUUUGCUCAUCAAAGUUACGUGAUCAUUCUUGUCAACCGACUGAAGCCAAUGACUAUUUCUCCUUUGCUUUCCAUGGCUGUUGUCGAAGUUCUUGAUGCGAUGAUAUGUGAACCACAUGGUGAAACAACUCAAUAUCCAGUUUUUGUUGAAUUAUUACGCCAAGUGGCUGGCCUCAAGCGUCGCUUGUUUGCACUCUUUGGACAUCCAGCUGAAAGUGUAAGAGAAACUGUGGCUGUGAUAAUGCGCACAAUCGCAGAAGAAGAUGCCAUUGCAGCAGAGUCAAUGCGUGAUGCUGCUUUACGAGAUGGUGCUAUACUAAGGCAUUUAUCACAUGCAUUUUUCCUUCCUGCUGGUGAGAGACGUGAUGUUAGUCGGCAGUUGGUUGCUCUUUGGGCAGACUCCUAUCAACCGGCUUUAGAUUUGUUAUCUAGAGUCUUGCCUCCUGGGCUUGUUGCGUAUUUACACACACGAUCUGAUGGAGUUUUGCAUGAGGACUCAAAUCAAGAAGGAUCAUAUAGUAGACGACAGAGACGCUUACUCCAGAGGAGAGGUCGUUCAGGUAGAGUGAUAACAUCUCAAGAGCAAAACUUGCCACAGAAUAAUUUUGAGAUUGGCGAUUCUUCCAGACAGAUAAGUGCUGGUCCAGUUUCAACCAUUCCAACUUCUGUUGCUCAUCCUAGUGACAGCAUCAUUGGUGAUGCUACAGGAGUAGCCCAACGCGAUCAAUCUGCUGUUACUUCUUCAAUUGAGGUUCCAACUACUAACACAAACGAGGCAUCAGAACCAACUGUUGACAAUGUUGAUGCUAACAUGAUCAGUUUUCAGGAUUCAGGACUUCCUGCUCCUGCUCAGGUUGUUGUGGAGAACACUCCUGUUGGAUCUGGCAGGCUACUCUGUAAUUGGCCUGAAUUUUGGCGAGCUUUUAGCCUUGAUCAUAAUCGUGCUGAUUUGAUUUGGAAUGAGCGCACGAGACAAGAACUACGAGAAACAUUGCAGGCUGAGGUUCAUAAAUUAGAUGUUGAGAAAGAACGGUCUGAAGAUAUUGUUCCUGGGGUUGCACCUGUUGGAGAAAGUAUGACGGGCCAAGAUAGCCUACCAAAAAUUUCUUGGAACUAUUCUGAGUUCUUAGUUAGCUAUCCUAGUUUGUCUAAAGAAGUUUGUGUAGGUCAGUAUUAUUUGCGAUUGUUGCUUGAGAGCAGCAGUACUGGCAGGGCUCAAGAUUUUCCACUCCGUGAUCCAGUUGCUUUCUUUAGAGCACUCUAUCAUCGAUUCUUAUGUGAUGCAGACACAGGACUCACAGUAGAUGGUACUGUUCCUGAUGAAUUGGGUGCAUCUGAUGAUUGGUGUGAUAUGGGAAGACUGGAUGGUUUUGGAGGAGGUGGAGGCUCUUCUGUUAGAGAGCUAUGUGCAAGGGCUAUGUCAAUUGUCUAUGAACAGCAUCAUCAAACAAUUGGUCCAUUUGAAGGCACUGCUCAUAUAACAGUUCUCUUGGAUCGAACAGAUGAUAGAGCUUUGAGGCAUCGUCUUCUUCUUCUUUUGAAGGCAUUAAUGAAAGUGUUAUCAAAUGUAGAGGCCUGUGUUUUGGUUGGAGGAUGUGUAUUAGCUGUUGAUCUGCUGACAGUGGUUCAUGAAGCCUCAGAGAGGACCGCUAUUCCUUUGGAGUCUAAUUUACUUGCCGCCACUGCUUUUAUGGAACCACUCAAAGAAUGGAUGUUUAUUGACAAAGAAAAUGAAAAAGUUGGGCCAUUGGAGAAGGAUGCUGUUAGAAGGUUGUGGUCAAAGAAAGCUAUUGAUUGGACAACACGAUGUUGGGCGUCUGGAAUGCUGGAUUGGAAGAGAUUGCGUGAUAUACGUGAACUACGGUGGGCAUUGGCUGUUCGAGUUUCUGUUCUUACACCAGCUCAGAUUGGUGAGACUGCAUUGUCUAUUUUACAUAGUAUGGUGUCUGCACAUUCGGACUUGGAUGAUGCUGGAGAGAUAGUCACCCCAACCCCCAGAGUGAAAAGAAUCUUGUCCAGUCCCAGAUGCCUUCCACACAUUGCUCAGGCUAUGCUCUCUGGGGAACCAAACAUUGUGGAACAUUCAGCUGCUUUAUUAAGAGCUGUUGUCACCAGAAAUCCCAAGGCCAUGAUCCGUCUUUACAGCACAGGUGCCUUCUAUUUUGCCCUUGCAUAUCCAGGAUCUAACCUUCUUUCAAUCGCACAACUCUUCUCAGUGACUCAUGUUCAUCAAGCAUUUCAUGGUGGAGAAGAAGCUGCAGUUUCCUCUUCUUUGCCUCUUGCAAAACGUAGUGUAUUGGGUGGACUUCUUCCUGAAUCCUUGCUCUAUGUAUUGGAGCGAAGUGGCCCAGCUGCAUUUGCUGCUGCAAUGGUUUCUGAUUCAGACACUCCUGAGAUCAUAUGGACUCACAAAAUGAGAGCAGAGAACCUAAUUUGUCAGGUGUUACAGCAUCUUGGCGACUUUCCCCAAAAAUUGUCACAGCAUUGCCAUUCUUUGUACGAAUAUGCUCCUAUGCCACCAGUGACAUACCAAGAGUUGAGGGAUGAAAUGUGGUGUCACCGUUACUAUCUAAGGAACUUAUGUGAUGAGAUACGAUUUCCCAAUUGGCCAAUUGUUGAACAUGUUGAAUUUCUGCAGUCAUUACUUGUUAUGUGGCGUGAAGAACUAACACGCAGACCUAUGGAUCUCUCAGAAGAAGAAGCUUGCAAAAUAUUGGAGAUAUCUCUCGAGGAUGUGUCAAAUGAUGUUGGUAAUAUGAGGCGCUCCUCUGAAAAUGGUGAAGAGAUGUUUGGCAUCUCCAAGCAAGUUGAGAAUAUUGAUGAAGAAAAGCUUAAACGGCAAUAUAGGAAACUUGCAAUGAAAUACCAUCCUGACAAAAAUCCUGAAGGAAGGGAAAAAUUUCUCGCUGUGCAGAAAGCUUAUGAGCGCCUACAGGCUACCAUGCAAGGGUUGCAAGGUCCACAACCUUGGAGAUUGCUGCUUUUGUUGAAAGGUCAAUGUAUCCUGUACAGGCGCUAUGGAAAUGUACUUGAACCAUUUAAAUAUGCCGGGUAUCCAAUGUUGCUAAAUGCUGUAACAGUGGACAAUGAAGAUAACAAUUUUCUUGCAUCUGAUAGAGCACCGCUCCUCAUAGCAGCAUCAGAACUUUUGUGGCUCACGUGUGCAUCAUCUUCAUUGAAUGGUGAAGAACUAGUGAGGGAUGGUGGAAUUAAACUUCUUGCCGUUCUUCUUUCCCGUUGCAUGUGUGUGGUGCAGCCAACAACUUCUGCAAGUGAACCAUCUGCUAUCAUUGUUACAAAUGUCAUGCGAACCUUUUCUGUCCUAAGCCAGUUUGAUAGUGCAAGGAUCGAGAUGCUUGAAUUUUCUGGUCUUGUGGAUGAUAUAGUUCAUUGCACUGAACUUGAGCUGGUUCCAGCAGCUGUUGAUGCUGCUCUCCAGACUAUAGUCCAUGUUUCUGUUUCCUCUGAAUUCCAGGAUGCCUUGUUAAAAUCUGGGGUGCUAUGGUGCCUAUUGCCACUGUUGCUUCAAUAUGACUCAACAGCAGAGGAUUCUGACACAAAAGAGUCACAUGGUGUUGGUGCCAGUGUUCAAAUUGCAAAAAAUCUGCAUGCCCUACGUGCUUCCCAGGCCCUCUCAAGGCUAAGUGGGAUGUGCAUUGACGAAAGUACAACACCCUAUAAUCAGGCUGCUGCUGAUGCUCUCCAUACAUUGUUAACUCCAAAACUUGCCAGUCUUUUGAAGGAUCAAGAACCUAAAGAUCUGCUGUCCAAAAUAAAUGCUAACUUGGAAUCACCUGAGAUUAUUUGGAACUCUUCAACACGAGCAGAACUUCUCAAGUUUGUGGAUCAGCAGCGCAGUAGUCAGGGUCCUGACGGGUCAUAUGAUCUGAAAGAUUCUCAUGGCUUUGUGUAUGAGGCACUAUCAAAAGAACUCUAUGUUGGCAACGUUUAUCUGAGAGUUUACAAUGAUCAACCAGAUUUUGAGAUUAGUAGCCCAGAGGCUUUUGGUGUUGCUUUGGUUGAAUUCAUAGCAUACCUUGUGCAUAAUCAGUACUUUGCAGAUUCUGUUUCUGAGGACAAACCUGUUACUAGUGAGAGUUGUAGUUCUCAAAAUGAACAUAAUCUUAGUGUUUCAUCUCCCAAUUCUUCUGAGCAUCUUAACGAUGAGGCUUCUGGAUCAAUUAGUCAGCUGAAAGUGCCGGUUGAUACAAUGUCAGCAUCAGAUGGACAGGGUGCUGAAAAGGAAGAAGCUUUAUUAGUUAAGAACCUUCAAUUUGGAUUGACCUCCUUAAAGAAUUUGCUUACACGCUAUCCCAAUCUGGCAUCCAUCUUUUCUACCAAGGACAAACUGUUGCCUCUUUUUGAAUGCUUUUCAGUUCCUGUUCCAUCGAAAUACAACAUAGCUCAACUUUGUCUCAAUGUGCUGUCACUUUUAACUGCAUAUGCUCCCUGCUUAGAGGCUAUGGUUGCUGAUGGGUCCGGUCUUCUCCUUUUAUUGCAAAUGCUCCACUCCAAUCCACAAUGUCGUGAAGGGGUUCUUCAUGUUCUUUAUGCUCUGGCAAGUACUGCAGAACUCGCCUGGUCAGCUGCCAAGCAUGGUGGUGUUGUAUAUAUUCUAGAAAUCCUCUUACCUUUGCAGGAUGAAAUUCCGCUGCAACAAAGAGCUGCUGCCGCCUCCUUGUUGGGAAAACUCAUUGGGCAGCCUAUGCAUGGUCCUAGAGUUGCUAUAACUCUUGCAAGAUUUCUUCCAGAUGGCCUAGUUUCAGUUAUCAGGGAUGGUCCUGGUGAAGCUGUAGUGGCAUCUGUGGACCAGACCACUGAGACUCCGGAACUUGUAUGGACAUCAGCAAUGGCAGCCUCAUUGUCUGCCCAAAUUGCAACCAUGGCUUCAGACUUGUAUCGUGAGCAGAUGAAAGGUCGUGUUAUUGAUUGGGAUGUGCCUGAGCAGGCAUCUACACAACAAGAAAUGAGAGAUGAGCCUCAGGUUGGAGGAAUAUAUGUUAGACUGUUUCUAAAAGAUCCAAAGUUUCCUCUAAGAAAUCCAAAGAGAUUUUUGGAAGGAUUGUUGGAUCAGUAUCUGUCAUCAAUUGCUGCCACACAUUAUGAUACAGAAUCUUUUAACCCAGAGCUUCCUCUUCUCCUUUCUGCUGCUUUGGUUUCAUUGUUGCGAGUGCACCCUGCACUUGCAGAUCAUGUUGGAUAUCUUGGAUAUGUACCUAAACUUGUUGCUGCCGUGGCUUAUGAGGCCAGACGAGAAACCAUGUCAUCUGGGGAGGCAAACAAUGGCAACUAUGAGGAGAGAAUUCAUGAACCUGGUGAUGGAUCUGAACAGCCUGCACAAACUCCACAGGAACGUGUGCGUCUCAGCUGUUUACGUGUCCUACAUCAACUGGCAGCUAGUACCAUAUGUGCAGAAGCUAUGGCAGCAACUAGUGCUGGAACUCCUCAGGUGGUUCCGCUUCUAAUGAAAGCUAUAGGAUGGCAUGGUGGAAGCAUACUUGCACUUGAAACCCUAAAGCGUGUUGUGGUUGCUGGAAAUCGAGCCAGGGAUGCUCUUGUCGCCCAAGGGCUUAAGGUUGGGUUUGUCGAAGUACUCCUUGGGCUUCUUGAUUGGAGAGCUGGCGGAAGGAAUGGACUUUGCUCUCAAAUGAAAUGGAAUGAAUCUGAAGCCUCUAUUGGCAGGGUGCUUGCAAUAGAGGUUUUGCAUGCGUUUGCCACAGAAGGGGCCCAUUGUUCUAAAGUGCGAGAUAUUUUGGAUGUCUCAGAGGUUUGGAGUGCUUAUAAAGAUCAGAAGCAUGAUCUUUUCUUGCCAUCAAAUGCUCAAUCUGCCGCUGCCGGAGUUGCUGGUCUAAUAGAGAAUUCAUCGUCUAGAUUAACCUACGCACUUGCUGCACCCCCUGGGCAAUCUUCAAGGCCUCCUAAUGGAAAACAGAAUCAGCUUUAGAACAUGUUGAAGUAUAACAGUAGCCAUCACCCCAAUUCUACGGCCCUGGGUGCAUAAAUUCUGUGUAUAUUAAAGUUCUUUGUACAGUUGGGAACAUUUUUCUUUCGUUCCUUCUCAUUUCAUUUUAUUGUCUUUUUCUUUGUAGGAGGGAGGGAGUGUUUAAUUAUAUGGUCAUUGCAAUUUUCUUAUGUUGUAAAGAAAACUUUGUAAAUUGAGGUUCAUUUGCCCGAUUUGAGGUGAUUUUGUGUGAAUAAUAGUAACAUUUCUACUGUGCUGAUUUUGUUA